AGCAUUAAAGAAGUAAGUGAUGGAUUUGUUUUACUUGGUGUUGAAAUAACAUGUCCAGAAAAAGCGUUAUAUACAAAAGUUAAAAGACUAGUAGAGAAAGUAAAUGGUCUGAAAAAAAGGAAAGCUAAUUCUGCUAUAGAAACUUUGUUGGAAGCUGAGUUUAGUGUUCCAGUGCAAAUUACCCCACAUCAGCGAUCUAUUGAUGCGGCUAGUUCUAGAAAUGAAGUUUUGUUUAAAGAGAAAAUGAAACAAUUAAAGGAGGAAAACAAAAGUUUAAAAAGAAAGUGCGAAAAUUUUCAAGAAUUAGAAAUUCAAUACAACACACAAGUCGAAGAGGUUAAGAAACUUAGUAACGAGUUAUUUGUAGCAAUGAAGGAUGAAAAUAAGUUGACAGCAGAAUAUCGUCGUAUAAAGAACAAUUAUCUUGAAGUAGAGGAAAAACUUAGAAAUGUGGAAUUGAAAUUUAAAGAUAAUAGCAAAGCGAGGGCAGAUAAAUUGAGAAAUUUAUCAAAGAAAAUUAAAAACAGAGAUGAUAAAAUUAAUAAAAUGGAAUCAGAAAUAGCUGAAUUGAUAUCUGGUACUGAGAAUAAAAGUGAUGAGUUGGAUGACAUGAAAGUAAACUUGAACAGACUCAAUGAUAAAUUAGAAAACAGUGAAACUAUAGUUGAUGAUCUGCGGAAUGAGAAAGCAAAACUGAAAAGAAAGACGCACAGUUUGUUGUUAAAAAUUGAAAACCAGAAAGAAUUGAUUGACCACAAAGAAGUGAAUGAUAUGAAGUGUUUAAAAAGUGAUUAUGACAAACUCUGUACAAACAUGAAGCAACUUACUGAAGAAAAUCGUGAUUUGCAAAUGCUCGUUUCGUUAUUAAACGACAAUGAAAUUGUAACAUUUGAAGGUGGUCGUUAUUCAGACGAAAUAAGAGAAGUUGUUAUGGAAUUACUUUCCUUGAAUGUCAGCGUGGGAAAGGUAAAUGAUGUGAUCAAGGUUGUACUUGAAAAACUUGCAAAAAAAGGGUUGACAGGUUGCCUUCACAAGGUUUAAAAAGUCAUUUAAUGCAAGAAGCAUUAAUUUUAGCACAAUUACAGGUUGCAGAAGCAAUGAUUGAUAAUGACAAGGAGGCGUUUGGUAAUUGUUUACAUGGAGAUGGUACAUCAAAAUACCAUAAACAUUAUCAAAAUUUUCAGAUUACAACAUCGAAAGGAAAAACUUUAACAUUUGGAUUAUCAGAAGUUGCAGGUGGCGAUGCGGCAACAGUAAUGAAAAAUUUUACUGACACAAUUGAUGACAUGUGUGACAUUCUGAAAGAAUGUGACAAAGAUGCAAAUUUUUCCCGGCUUGUCACAUCAAUCAAAUCUACAAUGUCGGAUCUUGGCCCUAUUAAUCCUUUAUUUAACUCAC